AAAACAAACUUUUUAACUCAAACCUAAUCUGUAGAUAGUCUUCUUCACCUCUGUCACGUCACGAUUUCUAGGGCUUCUUUUGCACAGUUUUGUUGAAUCUAUAGUUUUCUAUAGUACAAAGAUGUCAGUCACGGCAGGAGUGAGUGAUCCCAUAAUUGCUCUAAGGGAAAAGCUACGUGGUAAGAUUGGACAGACAAAGGUGAAAAGAUACUGGCCUGGAAAAGCUCCAGAGUGGGCUGAGGAAGAAAAAGAAGAAGAUAUUACGACGCACAACGUGGUUGUUUUGGAUUGGAAGGAUGAUUCAAGGCUUCGACGUUUAGCUCAGACAAGAACUGAAAACCGUGAACAAGUUAUAGCCGAACAUCGGCGAAUUAGACAGGCUGAGAUUAUAUCUACAGAUCAAGAAGAGGAACUGAACAAUCAAGAGACUAAGGAAGAGGAAGAAAGAAGAAGAAUCAAAGAGAAGAAUCUUGAAAGAGAGCAAGAAGAGGAUGUAGAAGAAGAAGAAGAGCUACAAGAUGAAGAUGAAGACGAAUACGAGACUGAUUCAUCAGAAGAAGAGAUGCAUGUUCAUGUCAUGAUCCAGCCUUUUUAUGUAAAAAAAACUGAGAGAGAUACGAUCAUAGAGCGUAAGCGGCUUGAGGCUGAAGAACAAGCUUAUAAGGAACUAGCAAAGACAAAACUUGAGAUGAGAAAGAUAGAGACAAAGCAAAUAGUAGUUGAGGAACUUAAGAAAGAUGAAGAGAUUCAGAAGAACAUGGUAUUGGAAGAUGUGGAAACUGAUGAUGAAACCAAUGAAGCUGAAGAGUACGAAGUAUGGAGGACAAGAGAGAUCGCUAGGAUCAAGAGAGAAAGAGAUUCAAGGGAAGCUAUGUUGAGAGCUAGGGUUGUUGCGGUGGGAGCAGGAAAAAUCAGAAGAACAAGCAGCACACAAGAUCAAGCAAUGAAAUCACUCCAGGAGAUUCUGAACACAAUACAGAAAGGAAAUGAAACUAGUCUGCAUGUGCCUACCACUAGCGAAGAAGAGGACAAUGAUCAAAACUACAUCAUCCGGGAAAGUAGAGAAUCUGAAACGGAUGUACACAUCAGUGACAAUGCUCCUUGUACUUCAUCGCCAAAAGAUCCAAAUCUUUCAGCAGAUAAUGAACUAGAGGAUGACGAGUUAGCAGAUUCCGGCUUGGUUUUCACCAAAGCACCUGCGCAUGAACACAUGCCAAAGACUUAUGAAAAUCCUCAAAUCCUCAUUGUUGAAGAAGGCCGCAAUGUUUCCCUAAUCCGAAGACAAAUUGAAGAUUCCGGGGCUAAUGUGAUAUUGGUGGAGAAGUCUAUAUCCCCGGAUAGUUUCGUCCUCAAGUAUCUAGAAGUUACAGUUGUGACGGAUAUGAAGCAUCGCCUUCACCGGUUUCCAACCUUUCUCUCCACUUGCGAGUCAUUUAAAUCUCAUGCGGUUAUUGAGGAUCUAAGGGAACGGAAGCCCCUCAAGAGUCUCAUAUAUUUUGGAGGUUGCGAAAGCUUCACGAUUGUGUUGAGUGGUAGCUCAACAUAUGAGUUAAAGGCGAUGAAAGGAUUUCUUAAAUCGGGGUUCAAUAGACUCCGAAAUAAGGUCCUUUCAUCGGCUUUCGACAUGAUGAAGUUUUCUCCGUCGGUGAUGAUCCCUUCACCAAAAAUGGACUGGAAAGUAGAAGAAAUUUCAGCUCGGGAGGACGAAGUGUCGAGCCUCAUAGCUUUCUCACUUCAACAAUCUCCCAACCCUUGCCUCGGUUUCCAUGUUUCGUUUCUACACGAAGAGAGUUUCCGUGAGCUUAGAAAAAGAUUAAUGCUGUCUGAAGAACAAUACAUUGGGUCACUGAGUAGAUGUGACCGAUGGGAGGCAAAAGGGGGCAAAAGUGGAGCUAUUUUUGCCAAGACUAAGGACAAACGGUUUAUAGUCAAAGAAAUCAACAAAACCGAGUAUGAAUCCUUCGCUUUAUUUGGUCCCAAAUAUUUCGAGUAUUUGAGUGAUCCAAAUAAGAAGACUUGUCUCACCAAAAUAUUUGGGAUGUACGAGAAUGUGAAAGCUUAACGGUAAAAUCUAAGUUUCAUAACCAUAGUUUUGUGAUUAUUUUACAACUUUGUUCGUUUUGUUUAGAUUUUAUUGUGCGGUAACUGCACCUAUGAACUAAAAAUGAUAAAAAGAAUGCUUAAAUCGAGAUUUAAUAAAAUCCAAAAUAAGUG